GUUCGACUAGGGAAGUUGAUGAGUGAACAACUUAACGCAAGAGCUUCAAGAAACAAAAAAAAAAUCUCAGGAAAACUUAAGGUACUUAAUUAAUUUGGUGAAGGUAUAACACAGUUCCUUUAAGUCUGGUGUCAAGAAUAUUGUUUGAAAAAUUUGAUGUCACAGACUCCAUAGUUUUUUGACAAGUAAAAUUUUCAGACUUACAAAUAAAAAAUAAAAAUUUACUACGACGGUGUCAUUGCUCAAAAAUCUAAUACUAAAGACCUAAGAUAUAAAUCAAAAUGAGUGCAUCCAUCUUUUGUCCAAUUUGCCAGGAUACUGCUGUUGCAAUACAGUUGUUACCUUGUGCCCAUCCGUACUGCUCAGAUUGUAUACAAGAGUAUAUAUAUUGGGCAGAAUCUGAAAACCGUAGAAAGUUUUGUCCAUUAUGUAACUUAGAAUUCCUAGUUACAGACGAGGGAUUCGAAGCAGUCAAUAUGGAAAAUAACACUGAUGACAUUUACGAAGAACUUAUGGAGGUCUUUGAGGAUAUAGAUACACAUUAUGAACAAAACAUGAUUUUAAUAGAAGAAAUGGGGGAUCCCAUUGAAAGUUACGUAAAUGAAUUCGAAAUGAUUAUUUCAGAAAAUGCACAAAUGAUUUUAAAUGAUAUAGGAGAUGAUCAGUCAAGUAACGACGAUACUAUAAUUGAGGAGUUAACUGUUCUUGAAAAUAUUGAUGAUAAUCUUGUUCCCUCAGUCCAUGUCAGUGAAUUUACUUAUGAAAGCCAUGCUAAUUAUGUUGUCGAACAUAAUGUUGAUGAAAACCUAUCUGAAGAAAUCUUUGAUUUCGGAAACCCUAUAAAUGAAAACUGUCAAGAGAUAGAGUUUGAUAAUAAUUAUCUUUUAGAUGAUAAUUGUAACAACGAAGACUAUUUCAAUGAACACCCUUGCAAUGAAAAUAUUGAUACCUUUGAGCCUGAUACCAACGAGUUUGAUACCGAUGAGUUUGAUGCCGAGGAGUUUGAUGCCGAUGAGUUUGAUGCCGAGGAGUUUGAUACCGUCGAGUUUGGUACCGACGAGUUUGGUACCGACGAGUUUGGUACCGACGAGUUUGGUACCGACGAGUUUGGUACCGACGAGUUUGGUACCGACGAGUUUGGUACCGACGAGUUUGGUACCGACGAGUUUGGUACCGACGAGUUUGGUACCGACGAGUUUGGUACCGACGAGUUUGGUACCAACGAAUUUGGUACCAACGAGCUUGAAGAUGUUUCUUUUGGCAGUAUGGAGAUGAUUGAAAUUGAAGACAUCAGUUUUGAUGACAUUAAUUUUGAUUAUAUUAACUUUUACGAUUUCAAUGAUGAAGAGCUUAAUAACGAUAGUCAAAGUGAUGAAGGCUUAGUUGGCGAAAAUUUAGGUGACGAUGACAUGUCAAAUGCACAAAUACCAGAACAAGAAGAUAUGUUCAUUGAUGAUUAUGAUGAAGAAUAUAACCAACAUUUGUAGUUAUAAUAUCUGAAAAUUGGUGUUCAAAUUUUUUUUAAAUUUUUAUUGUUAAAUUAUUGUUGU